AUGGCACCUCCCGACGCCAACGUGGUCGUCACGAAGUGGGAGCACCUUAACCUACACAUUGAUCUGCUUCGGUGCAUACUCAAGUACGGCCUUGGACCGCCCAACAAGAUUCAGCAGAGAGCCUUGCCUUUUCUUCUACGUGGGAGCGACAUCAUCGCGCAAGCCCCGCCCACGCAGGAACGCAUCGCUAGCUACGUCAUCCCUGCUCUGCAGCUGACUUUGAAUGUGCUCCGUGGAGAGCCACAGAUUGCCAACAACAGUACACGUGGACCCAUUGCAGUCAUCAUCAGUACUACCGUCGACCAGGCCACGCAGGCACAACGUAUGGCUCUGGGUCUUGGAGCAGCACUGGGCCUGAGGGUCCACAUUGCGGCUGGAGGAGGUGUGGAACCCACUCAGGAAGCGAACAAUAUCGUCUCCGGUCGGCCUCACUUGAUUGUUGGCACGCCUCAAAAGAUGAAUGAAGUCUUCCAUCAUCUGUCCCUGAGAGGCUCGAAUGUCAUUACACUUGCCGACAUCAGACUAGUCGUCCUCGACGAGGUCGAUCAAUUGAUCGCAAGGAAUUUGGCGGACUAUGUCUCUACUCUUUUGAGGGCACUGCCACCUGCCCGAGGUAGUGCACCGCGAAGCGCGUCUGGCGACGACCUUGCGCGCAGUCCACUUGUAUCGCCCGGAUUGCCGGCGAGCUCCGGUCCAGGACAUCCGUAUACUUCGUUGGAGAACAGCUUGAGCACUGUCGAAAGGCAGACGGCCAUCUUCUCUAACACCGUCCCGCAAGACGUUUUGAACUUUGCUCAGUCCAUCCACUUGAGGGAAAGCGUCAGGGUGCUUGUUCGUCGUGAAGGCAGCGGAGGGGCGCUGCUCGCCACGACAACAUAUGGUAAUCCUGGUUCAGGCUGGAACGCGGUCGCUUCUGGUGCCGUUUCUUCGCCGAGUGUGGGCUCCGGUACGAUGGGACUUGGUAACAAUCACGGAAACACACCCACCUAUCAAAACCCUCGCCUCUCUCCCUUCAGGGACGUGAUUACGGACCUUUUGGAGGACAUUGAUUUUGGUCAAGCGGUAGUGUACACCUCUUCCUCCGCAAAUCUGGAAGCUGUGACGUACAAGCUGGCCAGCAAAGGCAUCGAAGCGUUGGCCCUUUUCAGGGGAGGCAGCACGACGGGCAACGCUUAUCAAGCGGCUUCACAUGCGGUGGUUGGCGGGCCGGGCUCGGCGGGCAACGUGGCGGGCAGGAAAUGUCUUGUGGUGCAUGACCUGGCCGUCAACCCUAGAGAUGUUCAUCAAGUGCCUCUAGUAGUCUUCUAUGACCUUCCGAGGAGCGUCGAGGAGUACAAGGAAAAAAUCUCUUGCGCUGCUUCUGCAGGCGCAAGCGCGGGACUGGGCAGACCCAGCGUAUGUAUCAACGUCGUCACCGGCUCGGGUGGCUCACGCGGGGAUGUGGAAACGCUGCGCUCCCUGGAACUAGCACUGGGAUGCAAGAUGGGUGAGCGGCUUGGGCUUGUAUUCUGCUGGCGCGAAAAGUGCUGA